AUGAAGCGCUCACGCGAGCCUGAUGAAGGCGGAGACUACUCAUCACCAGAGCCCGAGAGUAUUCCGAGCAGAGCCACGCCGGAUGGUUCGACGAGUCCCCGAGAGGCAGCAGCAAUCCCCCCCGCGAAAAUCGCAGAGCUCGACGAGUCCGCCGUCAACACCACUGACACCUUUGCCAUGAGAUGCUCCCUUCCUCCCCAUCGCGAGGUGCUCUCCUUCAAGACCUACGCCGAAUAUGAGUCGCAUCACAACCGCACUCACACGAACCGCUGCGUAGAGUGCGGAAAGAACUUGCCCUCAGAAUAUUUGUUGAAUGUUCACAUCGAAGAAUGCCACGACGUCUUCGUGGCGGUGAAGAGAGAAAAGGGCGAGCACACGUAUUCUUGUUUCGUCGAGGGCUGCGAUCGAAAAUGCAGGACGCCGCAGAAGAGACGUAGCCAUCUCAUCGACAAACACAUGUACCCGAAGAACUACUUCUUCGCCGUCAGCAAGGAGGGUGUAGACGGGAGGCAGUCCUUACUCCUCGAAGGCGGGCAUCGUCGGCGAAGGUCCUCCGCAGCUACCAACGCAAGCGGGCCCAAGGCGGCGCCAGCACCCGGUGCCCAGAGUCCUCAACAGGUAGAGACCGCCAAGACGGCGACCGAGAAGACGAAAACGCAAACGGUGGCCGAAGCUCCUCCAUUCCCAGCUGCCGCCCCAGACACCGAGAUGGAAGAUCUGGCCGGUGCCAUGUCCGCAUUGCAGUUCGUACCCACCAGUGUGCGCUUCGGUCAUAGGAAGGGGAAAACAGGGUUCGCGAGGCGAUAA